AUGCACGAUUUCUAUCACAGCAGACUACUUAAUGACCCCACCCAAUUCCAGCCUCGUUCUGGCAAUCGAUCUCUUGAGGUCUUUCUGUCUGAUAGAGAUGCAACCCCUACUCUCAAGCAGACUGAAAUUGAGGAGCAUGCAAUCCAGGACUGGGUUGUCCGGGAGCAUGUUGAUAUGGAGUACCCACAAGGUUGUGAGACCCAACGACCACACCUUCGACUUCUGAUAGGGAGUCCAGAGCAACACCAAAGUGAUGCAGAAAUCUUGCCGCUCCCCAUAUCAAGGGAUACCUUUGAGGCGCUCAGAAUUGCAUGGGGUCUGCCCAAGGAGCUUCUCCGAAUGAUGCUCAGUAGUCUUCCCAUCGCUGAUGACUUCAAGGGAACAGACGCAAAAGGCCGCCCAGUUACCGGAGUAAUGAUUCGAAGUGCAAGAUCUCGUGAUUGGAAUUUCUGUCUAGGUCUUGCUUACAAUGAGAAGACUGGCGUUCUCCAUGGUAUCUUGAAUGGCAUGCAAAAUGACGAGAUUGCACUUCUUCUCGAUUGUCUUCAGAAGACUGGCAGGGGGGAUUUCGAUUCGAUGUUGCUUCCCAUCUUCCUCCUCGAGCUGAAGGUUCAUUAUUUUGCGGUGCUGCUUGAGAAACGUGCGAGGGGCAUCGAAAAGAUCGAGUACAUGACUGGUAUGAGGCACGGUUUUUCUUCAGACCCAAAGCGCAAUAUGAGUAUUGUCAAGGAUGUUGAACGGGAGCGCAUUCUUAGGGAGUUGGACUUUGAUGAGAUCACACGGAAGUUGACAGGACUCACGGGGACUUUGAGCUUCUGUGAUAUGACAUUCUGUUCGAGCUUGCGAGCUUUGCACAAAGUUGACAAUAUCAGGUCACGGAUCAACCCCCAGCGGGAGCCCCGAGGAGACGUCGAAAUUCGUGUCUCGUAUCUGAGAGAGCUCAUAGUUGGCUCUCAAGCCCUCGGUGCCGUCCUAACAGAUCGCACAAAGGCCCAAGUGCAAACGGUGUACAGCCUGAUAGGGCAGAAAGACAACAGGCUCAACAUCGAAACGGCUGCGGCGUCGAGGGAAAUCGCUGAGGUCAGCCUGGGACACAACACUGCCAUGAAAGAUAUGGCUGAGGAUUCCAGAAAUGUUGCCAUACUGACACAGAAGGACAGCACCAACAUGCGUAUCAUUGCGGUGGUGACCCUUUUAUUUCUUCCAGGCACCUUCAUGGCAACAUUUUUCUCCGCAGGCUUUUUCAACUUCUUCGAGGGGAAGCAACGGCAAGGUCAAGUCGUUUCCAGGUGGAUAUGGCUGUAUUUUGUGCUCACUGGAGGCACCACACUUGUUGUCUUCGCCGGCUGGGCUUGGUACUCGAAAAGACAGAACUAG